GAUUUGAUUUUACCUCAUGCAGUUCUAUGACAAGUUUAAUAUUUGCCAUAACUUUGCUGAACUUCUGAAGUACCUAUGGAAUGUGUCUAGCCAUUGCAAUGCAUGGAGGCAGAUUGCAAGAGAAGAGGAGAAGGGAGUGUAUUUGAACUUUCUGAAUUUCUUGAUCAAUGAUGGCAUCUAUCUUCUUGAUGAAAAUCUUAAUAAAAUCCCUGAAGUCAAAGGGAUAGAAGCUGAGAUGGCUAAUACUGCAGAGUGGGAAUGGAGACCAGCUCAAGAGAGGCAGGACAGGGCACGCUUGUUUCAUUCUUUGGAGAAUAUCCUUCGAAUUGAUAUGAAAUUGGGAAGUGAAGAUAUCGGGAUGUUAGUAUUUAUGUUGGAACAUAUUUCUGCUCCCUUCCUUCUUCCAGAGAUGUGUAUGAAUUCGCCUGAAAGUGAUGGCAACUGCAAGAUCUACUUUUGA